AUGGCUACAGGUAGCGACGUCAAAGUAAAUAACAGAGACGAACAAAGGCUAGAGAAUCCAUCAUAUGAGUAUUUAAGAAGAUUAGAAGAAUAUUUAGAUGAGCUGGGGAUAACUAGAUUCGAUAGUUCCCAAUUUAAGUUUGAUAAUGUAAUUGGACAUGGAGGUUUUGCGGUUGUUUAUCAUGAUAAACUUCAAGGCACAAACUAUGCGAUAAAGAGAUUAAAAAAUAAUAUAUAUCUGGACGAUGAAGCUUUUAAACGAAUCAGGCGUGAGAUUAAGUAUCACUGUAAGGUUGACCACCACCCUAACGUUAUUCGGUUUUACGGAUUUUCAAAAGGUGCACAAAUGGGAGAUUUUAUGUUGAUAUUACAAUAUGCAGAUGGUGGGAACCUACGAGAUCAUUUACAAACAAAGCAAGAACUUAAUUAUUAUAAAAUUUCAUGGACUGAACUUAUUAGAAUUGCAACAGAAAUAACCCGUGGUUUAGAACAUUUGCAUAAUAAUGGCAUUAUUCAUCGCGAUCUACAUUCUAAGAAUAUCUUAAUAAAUGAGGGUAAAGCCUUAAUAGCAGACUUUGGGAUAUCAAGACAAUUAAAUGGAUCUACCACUUCAAGUUCUGCUGUGAUUGGUAUGAUAGCAUAUAUUGAUCCACAGUGCCUUAAAAAAGAAAACCGGCAAAAUAAGAAGUCUGAUAUUUAUAGUUUGGGUGUAAUAUUCUGGGAGCUUACUAGUGGGAUUCCUCCAUUUAAUAAUCUAAAUGAUAGUGUAACUGUUAUUAUGGAACUUAUGAAUGGUACCAGAGAAAAAAUGAUCGAAAGCACACCUUUAGAUUAUGCUAACCUUUACAAUAGGUGCUGGUCUUCUUUUCCUGACCAGCGUCCAACUCUGAAUGAAAUUUUAAUAGAACUUGAGAAGUUAUCAACAGAAACAAGCAUUGAGUUUAUUAUAAAUGAUAUUUCUACUAAAAUUGAUAUCUCAUCUGAAUUUACAAGCAUGAGGUAUACUGCCUGUACAAGCAAACCAGAUAAAUUCAAAAAAGAUAAUUUUACUCUUCGUCAAAUUGAGUAUAAACCUUCAAGAGAGACGGAAUUAUUUAUUUUAAUUACAUUGAAUGAGGAAGAUGAAGUUCAAUUAUCUCGUACUCUUAAUGGAGUCAUAGAAAAUAUUGCUUACCUUUGUUCUCUCAAAGAUUCUGAAAUAUGGAACGAGAAUGGAUGGAAGAAGAUUGUUGUAUGCAUAAUUUCUAAUGGACGAGAUAAUAUCAAUGAGCACACCUUAGCAUAUUUGGCUUCUCUUGGUGUUUAUCAACGCGAUAUUGCAAAAACACGGUUGGAUAAUAAAGUUGUUAGGGCUCACAUAUAUGAAUAUACAACUCAGAUUUCAAUUCAAUGCUCUAAGAAAGCCAUAAUUAAGAAGACAAUAAAUGAUGGAAUUUUUCCAACACAAAUACUCUUUUGUCUUAAAGAAAAGGAGAAAGAUAAUGCGGAUUCAUUUCAAUGGUUUUUUAAUGCAUUCUGUCCGAUUCUUAAUCCGAAAAUAUGCGUUCUUAUUAAAGCUGGUGUUAAGCCAGGGGAUAGAUCUAUUUAUAAAUUAUGGAAGGCAUUUUUAAAACCUCAAGUUGCUGGUGCUUGCGGUAAAUUAGUUGCCAUGAAAGAUAAAAGUUGGUGCCAAUUAUUAAAUCCAGUUAUAGGUGCCCAAAUAUUUGACCAUGAAAUAUCAAAUAUUUUGGAUAAACCAUCCGAGGCGAUUUUAGGUUAUAUUCAAUCUUUGCCUGAAGAAUUUUCAGCCUACCGAUAUCUUUCACUUCAAGAUGUAACAAAUAAUGAUGAAAGCACACCUAGUCUUUCUGCAUCUUAUCUUAAAUAUAAUUAUCUCCUUUGUUUUGAUUUGAUUUCAAAGCAUAAUCGUUCUUGGAUACUAUAUUAUGAAAGUUCUUCUCAAGCUGAAAUCGAUAUUCCUACAAAUUUACCAGAAUUUAUUGAUCAACAAAGAUUUUUUGCUUUUAAUAAUACACUUAACAAUUUAAAACCAACGAGCCCAACUGAAAUAGAAAGUAUUGUUUCUUUUAAAGAUGUUUUAGGAAAAGAUGUUGUCAAAAUUUCAUUGCCAAUUGAAAUUAAUAAUAGUUGGUUAGAUUCUGAGAUUUGGAAUACACUAAAUCAAAAACAUAAAAGCAAAAAAAAAGGGUUAAAAAAUCAUUAUCAUCAUAUAAAAGUAUUUUCAAGAUGGGUUAUAUUAUUUUGGUUUUUGACUAAUAGCGGUUUAGCAUUAGGUUUAAUUCUUGCUGACCAAUCAAUAAAUAUAGAAUUAGCAGAAUUAGGAUUAACAAAGAUGAAAUUAGCAGAUGUAUCAGUAAAAAUUGAUAAGAAAAUGAAAUUGAGACUAGCAAUUAAGAAAUUAGAUAGAAUGGUAAAAAAAGAUAACAAUCAAAUAGAUAAAG